GAUCUGGUUGUGAAAAAUGGCUUGUUUUACUACGACUUUUUCGUAUCUGAGCGUGGCAUGUGAUGGCCUUGGAUGCAAUGCCUUGAUUCAGGGACGUUAUUUUACUUGCCUGGAAUGCUCCAUUCCCGGCGGACCUAACAGUUUGGUUCUCUGCACCUCCUGCUAUCCGAAUCAAAAGAUUCAAAACUACUCCCACCUCCACACCACUUUUGUGGAAAAGCACGUCUCUGCGUUUCCAGCUGCAAAUUACCUACCAACAUCGUAUACAGCUGCGAGCCAACCGGCGACACUGAAUUUCAGUAAUGAGGCAGCAAUGAAGGGAAUAGAAGCAGUCAAUACGGGUUGUAGUUAUUGCACAUUGCCACAUUUUAUAGAUAAUGUUAAUGAUGUCUGUUGCAGCAUUAUGUGAUAGGUAGAUCCUUAUGUACAUGUAGUUUCCUCUCAUGUUUAAUUUAAACACGCAUGAGAAUAAUAUUUAUAGAUAUAUGCUUGGAUUAUUAAUAUAUGGGGGUCGAGAGAAUAAGGAUCCUGGUAUCUUUCAUUCUUGUUGUGUUUGUUGAUCUGAUGUUUAAUUAUUAUGAUCGAUCCUGUUGAUUUGGUAA